AUGUAUUUGCAGUGGACACCUGGCCAGCCGCCGCCCAUCUCGUCGCGGGUGCAUGUCGUCCUUUGGAUAUGGAUCUUUGCGUACAUCGGCGUUGCCGUCCGUAUUGGAUUGGGCGAGCUUACGACGACGCUGGAGAGGACUCAAGCCCGGCCAAGUAUCCUCACGGACCUGGGACGGUCCUUCUUCCUUGCCAACGUUGUCGGGUGCUUUUUCAUGGGCAUGUGUCAGCCUUUGAAGGUCAAGUACACACAGUUCGACGCAGUCUGGACGGGCAUCACAACCGGGUUUUGCGGCUGCUGCACGACGUUCGCAUCGUGGGAGCUGUUCACGGCACAUCAGUACCUGACUCAUCUUGCUGUGAAUGCCACAUUUGUCUUCUUCGUCCAGCUCAUGUGUUGCUUUGGUUCUCACUGGGGUGGCGAAUUCAUCGGAUCAAAAAUAUGCGAAGAACAAAGGCAGAGCCCAGCUGUCUUGGCAUCGCAACUUCGCGCGACGGCGCUGGCAAGAUCACUACAGACUGAUGCAAAGUGGCAGGUUGUCGUGGAAGCACUGGACACCCUCCUUGAGCCCCAUGAAGAAGGCGAAGUUGACUUCGUCGCGACGCCAUCCAAAUUGGUCUGGCUGAUGCCACGCUUGAGUCUCGCUGCCUUCGCCUGCGGGACUGCCUUGGUGACAAUCGCGGUCAUCAUCCAUCUGCCCACAUGGAGCGCCCUGUGGAUUGCACCGUUUGGGGCGCUCGCUCGAUACGAGCUAGGUAAGCGGUUGAACUCGUCCACGCUGCCGUUUGGCACGUUGGCGGCAAACGUGGUGGCGUCAGCCGUAGACUGCGUCGUGCUACUCUGGCUCCGAGAGCCGGAGUGGGCCCAAGCCGCUAUCGUCCAUGGGUUUUGCGGAUCGCUGUCUACUGUAUCGUCUUGGGUCAACGAACUCAACGGCAUGGCAACAAAACAAGCCGUCGUGUAUGCUGGCCUAACCCAUGGCAUUGCGCUGGGAGUGAGCUUGGCUAUAUUUGGUAAGGCUGUGCCCCGUGGAUCGAUACACCGAGCAUCGUCUGCGUUAGGUGGAUUGGAACAAGCCAUGCCCUUGUCGGUGUAACUCGUUCGGGUGAAUUCAAUAGAGCACCCGAGUCACACGGAUAAGCUUAGCACGACAGUGACAUUUCAAACGUGUGAGUAUUCGAACGUUUUUCUCAGGCCAAUCUGCUGAACUGCGAAUCGAUACCUCUCAACAUCACGAAGACAAAACUGGCAAGGUAGAAGAGGAACCAGCGGUGAGAAAUGCCCAUGUCCAGUACACACUGAAUGC